UUUCAGCUCACUUCCUUCCUUGUUGCGGCCUGCGCUGCCACUCUGAGUGUUUCUUCUCUUUGCUUGGCACAUUUAAGGUGAGGAUUAUAACGGUGUCUAUUUUUGGAUUUGUUUUGUGGAUGACACAGAAGUAUGGAGACAUUUCUCAUUCUUGUGAUGUUAACUGGAGGAGCUCAUGCAUUUCUUCCAGCUGCUGACUCUGAAUGUGAUGCCACACAGACGUCCCUGUGCUCGGUCACUCUUGGCGGAUCCGUCUUCAUCCAAGUCAUGAGGAACGCCAGCGGACAUCGGCUGCAGUGCAAGAAGGAGAUCAACGGCACAUCCAUUAAAGUGUUCACCUUGAGGAAGGAGAAGGUCACGUGGCACGAUGAAGCUUCUAGAAACAGAACAGAGUUCUUCAUCAACAAUGGGACUCUCAAGAUCAUCAGCGUGGAGAAGGAGGACUCGGGUCAAUACACCGUGCAGAUCCACACUUCAGAUGGCUUACAUGUGACAGACGUUACAUUUGAACUGUAUGUUAAAGAAAACCUUAAUUUUAUCCUGAUUACGGUCUGCGCUACACUGGGUGCCAUUGCUUUAGUGGGGAUAUGUUGUUGCUGUGUGUUCAGAAGAGUAAAGAAUCGCAAAAAGUCAGGCGCAGCCAUAUAAGGAAGAAGAAAAAACCUUCAGAAGUUUGAAGGUAACUGUGCUAAGGGUUACUGCGACGAGAGGAAGAGUCACAGAAGACUGCGAAGUGGAAAUGAGAGGAGCUAUGAAAAUGGAUUACAUAAUAAUAUAAGAUACAAUUUCUGAAUUGUCCCUUCAGUAAUUUGUGUCACAUUUUGAUGUUACCACAUGACAUAUAAUCUCACAGUUCAGAUCAGCUUUGUAACUGGAGGAGUAUCCAAAACCACAGAAUGUAGUUGAAGAGUAAAUGGAUCCAGUGCUUUAAUCCAAACAAUAGAACCUCUAUAUACUUUACAUUAUCACACAUACAUUAAAAUAUUUCAAGACUUUUUUAUUCCAAAUUUUGUGUUGCUCCAUGAUGCAUUCAGUACAACAGUUUGUGCAGUUAUGAAGGUUUUUGAGCAUAUGAGUUAUAAAGUCAGUUAUGUACAGAGGAUGCAUGAAUUAAAGACAUUAAAGUGAUAAAAA